UUUUCCUGUCAGAGAUACCGAAACAAAGCGGAAAACGGUGUAAAAUAAUUGUGUGUGUUGUGGCUUUAAUGCAGCCAACGGAUAUUACAGCGUUUGAGUUUUGUAGUAAUUCGUUAGAAGGACGCCCCGUUAUGCUUUUAUGAGUUUAUUAUCGAAGCCUUUCUUUCUCUUACAAGGCUGAAAUGUCGUGCACUGACAGUGACAGUAACUGCUGCGCCAUUGACAAAAUUCAAACAAGAAGCUGGAGAACAGGAAGCUGAAUUCAGCCUCGUCUUUCAGUUUGAGUCAGUUUAAUCAGAUUGGUCUUAGCCUAACGGUGUACGAGCACGUUACUGAACAGAGGACACAUUCAGCUCCAUUCACUUUUAGAAAGAUUUAGAUAUCUGAAAACGACAGACCUUUAUGAACGUGUGCGGAUCCAGAAGGUCAGAAGGUCACCGAUGUUGACUAACGUUUACGGUUAAAACUAGAGAUGGAGACGCUGCGCUACAAUGUCGUCCUUUUCCCAUUUCUCCUGUUUGUCCUGAAGGUUGUCAACAUCACAGCUGAGUGUGAAAGACCCAACAUUGGAGAUAACAGAGUUUUGACUAUUGAACCAGGCAAACCGCCUUACUUAAAUGGAUCCACUGCAACAUUCAAGUGUUCAGUUGGUUAUAAACCUGUCCAUUUUAGAGCCAGCAAGUCUAUUGUGUGUAUCGACGGCCAGUGGACAGAACUGAAACUUCAAUGCCAAAAAAAGUCCUGUGGAAGUCUACCUGAGAUCCCCAAUGGGAAAUUUUUACUUGAUGAAGGAAUUGAGUUUGGUGCGACAGCUGUUGCACAGUGUAACACAGGCCAUCAGCUUGUUGGACAACAAUAUAGACGUUGCCUAGAUGCUGGAUGGAGUGGGAGAAACCCUACCUGUGAAGCGGUGAAAUGUCUUGAACCUCCCUCAAUAGAAAAUGGAGAACUUGAGGAUGCGUACUACGAGUCAUAUGAAUAUGGACAAGCAGUCACGUACCGCUGUAAAAGAGGGUUCACUCUUGUUGGACAGGCAACAAUAUCAUGCUCAAUUGAUAGAACUUUUCAGCCUUCUCCUCCUCAGUGUUUAGUCGUCUCCUGUGAGAAACCAGACAUUCCACAUGGAAUUCGAGUUGAAGGAACGAUGCCACCCUAUAAAUACAAAUCUAGCGUCCGCUAUCAGUGUGACAUUGGCUACAAAAUGAAUGGGCCCGGUUACAUGAUCUGUGAAGUAAGUGGCUGGGUCCCACCUCUUGUAAAUUGCACCGUGAUCACAUGCCCGAAACCUCCUGGUAUAGAGAAUGGACAAAUUAAUGAGCAACUCCGGGACGUUUAUACAUAUGGACAAGCUGUGACAUACUCAUGUAUGGAAGGCUUUAAACUUGUUGGAGCUUCAGAAAGAACGUGUUCUGGUGAUGAAACUUUUCAACCUUCUCCUCCUCGGUGUCAGGUGAUCACAUGCCCGAAACCUCCUGGUAUAGAGAAUGGACGAAUUAAUGAGCAACUCCAGGACGUUUAUACAUAUGGACAAGCUGUGACAUACUCAUGUAUGGAAGGCUUUGAACUUAUUGGAGCUUCAGAAAGAACAUGUUCUGGUGAUGGAACUUUUCAACCUUCUCCUCCUCGGUGUCAGAUGAUCACAUGCCCAACACCUCCUGGUAUAGAGAAUGGACGAAUUAAUGAGCAACUCCAGGACGUUUAUACAUAUGGACAAGCUGUGACAUACUCAUGUAUGAAAGGCUUCAAACUUAUUGGAGCUUCAGAAAGAACGUGUUCUGGUGAUGGAACUUUUCACCCUUCUCCUCCUCGGUGUCAGAUGGUGAAAUGUCUAAGACCUCAUAUGCAUACCGGACAAUUUAAACCAGACCAAGAGACAUAUGAGUAUGGACAAGAAGUCAGUUACCUUUGUAAAAUACUCUUUUACAAUAGAGCUUCAAAAGUGGUCUGUUCUGAUGAAGGAAACUUUCAUCCUGCUCCUCAAUGUGUGGGUCACUAUGGGAUUUUGGUGUUUGUUUUACUGAUACUCCUCUUGUUGCUGGCUGCUGCUCUGCUGUGUUUAAAGAAGAAAAAAAAACACUGUAGACGUGUUUACUCUGGAAAAGUGGCCACUAUAAUUGAAGAGGGCGAGUUAUAGCACACUCACUGUCCUGAUCCAACAGCUAUUCCCUGGCCAUACAGUAUUCCAAGGAGGAAUCUUCACUCAAAUAACAUGGCAUACACCAAACACAAGCUUGACUGGGUGUCCUCUCCAGUUUAUUCAAAUGCUGGGCGAGUUUCUUUCGGAAAAGUAUUUACGCAGUGAAAAAAGUGAUGGCUUGAAUUUCCUUGAUUCAAAUGUGUAUGUCAUUUCUACAUAGAAAAAUUCCAGAUAUACUUGAUUUUUUCUUACAUUUUUUAGAGAGUAAUUGUGUUUUGUGUGGAAAUGAUGUAGAAAUGUAAAUCAGGUAAAUUCAAUGCAUUUAUUUUUUUUUACUGUGGCUGAUUUUGAAUGCCCAUGCUGACCAUGAAUGUAAUCUGAUUGAGAUAAAAACUGGCAUUUUUGAGUGAAUAUAUCACUGUCCAUUAGAUAAGAUGUGUGUGCUUUUUAAUGCAGUGUCUGCUUUUUUUUCUGAUUGUGUUCAUUUUCUCACAGCUGUGCUCAAACCACAGCUAGUGGCUUUUGUCUUUGUCCUAACUUUUGCUGUAAGGUACUUUAUCAUUAUUCAGUGGUGGAUAGCAACGAAGUACAUGUUCUUCGUUACUGUACUUGCGUAAUUUUUUUAUGUGUGGGUACUUAUUAAAGUAUUUCCAAUUUUUGAGAGUUUUACUUUCUCUCAACUACAUUUGACAGUAAAAUAUCUUAAUUUCUACUCCACCACUUUCCAUAGAAACUAGAUUUUCAAUAUUAUCUAGAAGAAUAUGAUGCAAUUCCACAAAUGAAAUAGUCAUAGUGCAUUUUUCUUGUCCAGCUUAGCAACUGUAACUAGGCCUGGGCACCUCUGACAAGCUUUCAGCAAGUUAGAAACUCGAUUUAUCUGGAUUUUAGGCAGCAGGUGAAAUGUUUCCUGUUUCCUAAAUUGAGGUAUAUUGGGAAUAUCUUGCAGUACUUUUACUUUGGAUUCUCAGAUACAUUUAAAAGCAAGUAUCUUUGGACUUUUACUUGUGUAAUAUUUAUAGGCACUUUUCCUUUUAUUCAAGUACUACAUUUGUAUAUUUUGUCUACCACUGUCUAAUUAUUAUUAGGGAUGCAUUGAUACCAUUAAUGAUUUCGGGUAUUGGACCUAUACUAUGCUCAUUUACUCAUACUGAAAAAUGCAUGAUUUCAGCAUUUGUCUACUGCCUGAUACCAUGUAAUGUAAGUCUAUUGUUCGCUAGUAUGUUAAUGAACAAACAGCGCUUGCUGGCAGUAAAGGACAGAGCUGUCUGCAGGGGCUGUUUAAUGAGGCAUGUCAGUUGGAUCAAGCGUUUUUGUACAAUGUGAAUAUAUAAAUCGUAGGCCUUGUCCAUACACAAUGGUCUAUUCAAACAUACUGUGUGAGGAACAAGAUUUCUAAAAUCUGAUUCUGUCACUAUGCCACAGAGACUGUUGUUAAAAGAGACAGAUGAGGAACUAUGAAACAUACUCUACCCAUAGCCGUAUAGAAGUGUUUUUCUGAUGUUGAACUAAACCCUGCUCUUUCCACUGCAACACUAUUUGAUCAAAGGUAACUUGGCUAUCUAAUGCAUGUCAUUUAAAAUCAUCUAGAUUUAACGUCUUAACUGUUAAUGUACAUUGCCCUUAUUACACUAGCAACUACUUAAUUCUAAGUAGAUUGCUCAUUAUGGUUUCGGUAUCGGCAAGCACUAAAAGACAUACUCGUACCCGUACUCGGUCUGAAAAAAUGGUAUCAAUGUAUCCCUACAUUUUUUUUUUUUCUUAAGAGGGCAUCAAACAGUAAAAGAAUUUGGCCCAUCUGUUUUGACUGAAAAGUGGGAAUGUUAUAAUGACACUGAGAAUGGGGACCAAUAUGUUGGAUGUUACUAAUGUAAUUCUGCUGCAGAAGCUGUAGCUUUGCACUGAGAUAGGUGUAGUCCUGCGAAAGGCUGUUGAGACUGUUAAGCCUAAAUUGUUUGGAGAUGCAAAUAAAUUUUAUAUGUGCUGGACCAAGAUUACACCAAAGGUCAAUUUAAAAGGCAGUACUGAACAAUCGAACUAUUUAUUACAUGCCAAAGCUUCCAGACUUGCUAAGCACUUUUUAUUUUUAGUUGUGUGGUUCUACUGAAUAAUAUUUAGCUGCAUGUAAAUUUUUCUUGUAAUGUAUUAUUGAUCCUUAACAUGGAAAGAUAUUAUUUUUAUGCUUAUAAUUUCAGCCGUUUUAAAACUUACACCCACAUACUUUGUAAGUAUGUGUGUAUGAAAGUAUAGUACUGUGCAAAAGUCAGAGAACACCCUUUAUUUUAUUUAAUUUCCACUCAGAAUAGCCAUUUUCCAGAAGAUAUUUCUGAGGAGAUGAGAUAAAAUUGCGUAAAGAAGGGAAAGUCCAAGAAAAAAAGAAAAAAUCAGGAGUUUCCAAAUAUUGCGUGGUAAAAUGCCUGCAUGCUCACACAACACACAAUCAUUUGGGAUUAGUAUUGGUUUCAAAGAUCAAUAUCUGUAUCAAGUGUAAAAUUGCAAUUAUAUAGGGCCUAAAUCACGAAACUAAAGAGUUCAGGUGACAGAGAAAAGUGCAUAGCUGUCAAAAAGCCAUUGCUGAGAAAAGGCAAUGAAAUAAGGAAGAAAAUUUGCAAAUUAAAGAAAGAAGCUGCUGGUGUUCUCAGAACAAUAGACUGACCACCCCAGAGUCUAGACCUUAACAUCACUGAAUGUGUUUGGAAGUACUUUGAUGAUGAGAAGCAAAAAUGCAACCAACCUCUAAGACUGAACUUUGGAGGUGUGGAAAAAUUUCCCUGCAGAUUUUUUAAGAAACUGAAAGCAGGUCUCCUGAAAAGAAUGGAAGCUGUAAAAAAAGCAAAGAGUGAGACACUAAAUACUUACAAAAAAAUUUAGUUGUUGAGAGUUCUGUGUAAUUUUGCAUUCAAUUUUUUUCUGCUUUUUUCACUAGAAACCAAAUAAAUGAAGGGUGUUUUUAUAACUAUAUUGAGUUAGUUUAGUCAAACACACACCUAUUUAAACCACUUAUCCUCCUGGGUAGUUCAGUCAAACAGAAUGCUCAAAAAAUUGCUUAUGCUUCCUAAAAAAAUAGCUGGCUUAAUUGAUUGGUUUUAUUUUUUUUUAUUAUUUUAUUAUUUUAUUUUAGCUUUUUCCUGUUUAAAUGUUGUGCUUGAAAGCUGAAACUUUUAUAGUUUUUCUGUUCAUUCUGAGUUUAAAACCCGCUGCUGAGUGAAUAACGGUUAUUAAUGAAUGUGUUUGGAACAGAUUAAAGCAGAUUAAAGAUGCCAUUGCUAACACGA